UUGGCCUUGCUUGUUACAGGGGUGCAGGGGAGCUGGCAGCAUCCAGUGACCAGGCAGAUGAGCUCCCAUGAGAAUUCCUUCCAACCUGCCCAGUUCCUGCUGCUGGUGGGCGUCCCGGUGGCAAGUGCCCUCCUUCUGGUCCAGUGCCUGCGAUGGCACUGUCCUCGCUGGCUGCGGGCCGGCCGGAAGCCGGACAGGCAAGAGGAGCCAGUGCCCGAUCCCACUCCCCUACCCGAAGAUGAGUCCCCACACCAGUACCCACCGGCCGUCCUGUCGGAGAUGGCCGCCUUCUACCAGGAACUGCACACGCCCACCCAGGGCCAGACCGUCACCCGUCAGCUGAUGCACAAGCUGCUGGUGUUUUCGGCUCGAGAGGUGGAUCACCGCGGCGGCUGCCUGAUACUGCGGGACAUGGGCAUCUCGCUGCUCAUCCCGCCAGGUGCUGUGGCCGUGGGCCGCCAGGAGCGGGUGUCACUGAUCCUGGUGUGGGACCUGUUGGAUGGCCCGUCAUUGUCCCAAACCCAGGCGCUGGUGAGCCCUGUGGUGGCGUGUGGACCCCAUGGGGCCUCCUUCCUGAAGCCCUGCACCCUCACCUUCAAGCACUGCGCGCAGAUGCCCAGCCACGCCCGCACCUACAGCAGCAACACCAACCUGCUUGACACUAAAGACUGGAAGGCCCUGGGGAAGUCAGGGGUCCACACCUCCCUGGACGAGUGUCGCAUCCAGCUCUCCCACUUCAGCCUCUACACGUGUGUGCUGGAGGCACCCUCGGGCCAGGAAGCUUGCAAGUGGCUGCAGCUGGCAAUGUUCUGCUCGCCGCUGGCACCGGGGCAGACCCACCUGCAGCUACGCGUCUACUUCCUCAACAACACGCCCUGCGCCCUGCAGUGGGCCCUGACCAACGAGCAGCCACAUGGCGGGCGCCUGCGCGGGCCCUGCCAGCUCUUUGACUUCACUGGGGCCCGAGGGGACCAGUGCCUAAAGCUCAAGUACAUCUCUGAGGGUUGGGAGAACGUGGAUGACAGCAGUUGCCAGGUGGUUCCCCAUCUCCACAUCUGGCACGGGAAGUGCCCCUUCCGCUCCUUCUGCUUCCGGAGGAAAGCAGCCAAUGAGAACGAGGACUGCUCGGCACUAACCAAUGAGAUCAUCGUCACCAUGCACACCUUCCAGGAUGGCUUGGAGACCAAGUACAUGGAAAUCCUCAGGUUUCAGGCAUCAGAGGAGGAGUCCUGGGCAGCGCCACCCCCUGUCUCCCAGCCGCCCCCAUGCAAUAGGCUGCCCCCUGAGCUCUUUGAGCAGCUGAAGAUGUUGUUGGAGCCGAACAGCAUCACAGGCAACGACUGGCGGAGACUGGCCUCCCACCUGGGGCUCUGUGGCAUGAAGAUCAGGUUCCUGUCCUGCCAGCGCAGCCCUGCUGCGGCCAUCCUGGAGCUGUUUGAGGAGCAGAACGGCAGCCUACAGGAGCUGCACUACCUCAUGACCCUCAUGGAGCGGCUGGACUGCGCCUCCGCCAUCCAGAACUACCUGGGCAGCCCAGCCCAGGUCCGCGUGGGCACCUGGGAGAACCAGGACCUGGAGCUGGAGCUGGACGUGAAGCUCUGA